UUUAAACACUAUCCUCAUCAUCAGGCCUAACUAUCAGUAUAGCAUGACUGUGACUGCUUACCUAUAGACAACAGGGAAUAAGUGCUUUUUUUGCACUUGCUACUCCACUUCUUCUUCCUCUUGCUCACCAUCUUGGUGGAGUAGUAAAGAAAGAUGAGUAAAUUUCUUGCCAUAGGCCUCCUGCUGCUGCAUCUUAUCAACCAUGGAAUCUACUUGGCGAAAGCAUGGGAUGAUAAAGAUUUCUUCAAAUACUGCCCACCGUCCCAGUGCAGCCAACAUGGCCCAGAGAUCAGGUUCCCUUUCUGCCUUGAAUCCAGCAAUAAAUCGUCGUCGUCAUCAUCAUCAUCAUCAUGUGGAUGUGACGGCAGAUCAAUCAGGAAGUUGGCAUGCUCUGGUCAAGACACCAUCCUAGUUCACCCAUUUCUUGGCCCAUACAGUGUCAGCGCCAUAGAUUACAGGCAUUCUUCCAUGAAGGUCAUCCCGCUUGUAGACCCCUGUUUGAUGCUAAACCAGAAUCUCAUCAUCUCCAGAAACUCAUCAUCUCUACAGAUUGAUGUUAUCAACGAUUAUAAGACAAAGUUUGACCAAGAUUUCUUUUGGCCUUCAUCUGCAGCCGUAGUACGCUGUUCAAGAGAGUUCUCACCUGGUGCUGACGAUAGAAUUGUUGGCCCAGUAUCCUGCCUUAGCAACGCAACCCACUUCUUCUAUUUCGUGGCUAGCUUUGCAGACAUGUCUAUUCUUCCGUUGGACUGCAAGGCCGCCCCACUCUCACAUGGUGUCAGUGGCAGUCUGAUACCUAUGUAUUGGAGUUGCAGCCUAUACAGCUCAGGGUCCUUCAAGGAGGGUGCAGAAACAUUCCUCAGUUCUGCUGAGACCACAGUAUGUUGGCUUGGUUCUGAAUGCAGAAAAUGUGAGCUCAUUGGGGGACGCUGCGCGUUCAGCUCAGAACGGAAUCUAGCAUUCUGUAUGCCUGGCGGUUCCCGUAUCAAAGUCAUCGCAGCUACAUCAUCGGUGGCCGCAUUUGUUGUUCUUUUGUUAACGGUGGCCACUGUGCUUUAUCUUUCACUCAAAACAAGAUAUAACGCGGAGAUACAUUUGAAGGUCGAAAUGUUUCUCAAGACAUAUGGAACAUCAAAACCCACAAGGUACACUUUCUUUGAAGUUAAGAAGAUGGCAAGACGGUUUAAGGAAAAAGUAGGGCAGGGAGGAUUUGGAAGUGUCUACAAAGGCGAGCUGCCAAAUGGAGUGCCCGUGGCAGUCAAGAUGCUAGAGAACUCUAGAGGAGAGGGAGAAGUAUUCAUCAACGAAGUUGCAACCAUCGGACUAAUCCACCAUGCCAAUAUUGUCCGUCUCCUAGGAUUCUGCUCUGAAGGAAUGAGACGGGCUCUUAUUUACGAAUUCAUGCCUAACGAGUCACUGGAGAAAUACAUAUUCUCUGAUGACCCUAACAUUUUUCAGAACCUUCUAGUACCAGACAAGCUGGUAGAUAUUGCUUUAGGCAUCGCCAGAGGAAUGGAGUACUUGCAUCAAGGGUGCAACCAGCGCAUCCUCCACUUUGACAUCAAGCCUCACAAUAUCCUGCUCGACUACAACUUCAACCCAAAGAUCUCAGACUUUGGCCUUGCAAAGCUGUGCGCAAGGGACCAAAGCAUCGUCACCUUAACUGCAGCAAGAGGCACAAUGGGCUACAUUGCACCAGAGCUAUACUCUCGGAACUUUGGGGGAGUAUCGUACAAGUCAGACGUGUACAGUUUCGGAAUGCUGGUGCUAGAAAUGGUGAGCGGAAGGAGGAACUCAGACCCGAGUAUUGAGAGCCAGAACGAUGUUUACCUCCCGGAGUGGAUCUACGAGAAAGUGAUCAACGGGGAGGAGUUGGCGCUUACUCUGGAAGCGACUCAAGAAGAGAAAGAGAAGGUGAGGCAGCUGGCGAUGGUGGCACUGUGGUGCAUCCAGUGGAACCCGAGAAACCGGCCGUCGAUGACAAAGGUUGUUAACAUGCUAACAGGGAGGCUGCAGAGCCUGCAGAUGCCACCAAAGCCUUUCGUCUCAUACGAAAACGAACCUGUGUCGUAAUAAAUCAGAAGAGGGACUACAAUACUCUGUCAACAUUCAUGGACUGGCAUACUCUACCAACACUGUGUUCCAUACUAGGUCUCGAGAUGUAAUAAUAAUACGGUACAAUUUGCAAGAUAAACGAUUUGUAGUUGGACUUGUGUAUUAUUAACAGCUACUCCCA